AUGGCGAAAAGACAACAUUUACGUCAACAUUUGACAAAUUUCGAAACCAACUUUCGGAAGGAUUGUCUUUUGUCCAGAAAUGAAGCAUGUCCUGUUUUCAUCGAUUUUUGUGAUGCAUCAGCUGAUGGAAAUAGUUUUUCGGAAGCCACAGUGAACAUUUCAACUGACGACGGAUUUCGACUUGCAGACUUUCAGCUUACUGAACAGCAUGAGGAGUGUCUUCUUUCAUUGUUCGGAAACAAAGACUAUAAUGAAUUCAAUAUACAAGUUAUUCUUGCUGCGCAUUUGUUUAGACCAUUGACUGGUAGUUACGAGAUUGGAAACAAAGUUUUCCCAAAGGAUGCAAGAAGGUGUCCAAACUGUGCAAUGGAUAUCAGCGAAAAUCAAAUGAACACAUCACUUGGUAACACAGAAGUGUGGCACGGACAUGCAGAUAUACUUGUUAACAGAAGUACAGUUAAGAUAGGAACUGAAGACAAUAAAGAAGAUGGUAGUAGUGAACCACCACCAAAGAAAAUUAAAACUGGGGACUUUGAAGAUGAUGAAAAUUCAACUUCAGGGGAAGAAACUCUCGUUGAAGUAAAAAAGGAUGCAUUUACUUCUAAAGCAGUGUCACAAGUAUUAUCUCAAACAAUUGUUAAUGCGUUUUCAGAAGUGAACAAAAAUCAAGAGUUAUCUAGUUCCUAUAUAGCAUCGUGUUUUGCCUCAUCUCAAGCUAUUAGAAUAGCUUUGUAUAACUGUGAAUCAGAUAGUCUGAUACUAUCUGAUCAUAUGAAGAUCUUCAUGUAUGUUAAUAGCGAAAUCGUCUUAGACGUUACAACUGUGUUGAGUGUAUGGUAUGCCUUGAACUUUGAAAGUCAUAUUGAUAAAAACAGUAAACUAUUUCCAAAAUUUGAAGGGGUAUACCGGAGGUCAAACUUCAAAGAACAGGCUGGUAAAAAGUUUGAGGUAUAUGAUAAAAAGUGUACCAAACCUAUGACAGAAGCAGUAGGAAAUAAGGAAAUUGAAUUCAAUCUAUCAUUUUAUUAUACUCCCGAUUCUAUACUCCCUGUAAUAGAAGAAAGUCAUUCAUUGCUUAGUCAUGCAAAUCCUUAAAGCAAGGUGAGGAGAUUAACUUUGCAAGUUUUCCAGGAUUUUUGAUAUGUAAAAUGUGUCUUGUAUGUCACUAUAUAAGUUACUUAAUUAGUUAUGUGCAUUUGGUCUUUGUCAGUUUUUUCUCAAUUAUAAUGUCAUUAUGGUAUUAAUCACCUUGAUUGAUAGCUCUAGUUUAUUUUUCCUAAACAUCAGAUUAUGUUAAUUGCUUGUGUGUUGAUCUUAAUUUGGUAUGAAGACUGCAUUCUCAUCAUAAAAUUACGUCACAAAAACACAAAAUAUUGUUAGAAAUGGUUUAAAAUUAAAAUCUAGAGCACAGAGGUUAGCUUUUUUACGAUAAAUUAUUGUCCUUUGGUCUCUAUCUACUAUUUCUUUGAAAUACAUACAAUGUAUUCGUUUUGGAUAUGGCCAACUUCAGAAGUAGUUUUAAGGUAGCCUCCUACAAAAGGUGCACACUGUAUGAAAUGGUUAAUAGCAGGUCAAAAUAGCGAAGAAAAGACUUUAAAAAUGAAAUCUUAUAAAAUUACAGAAACUUCAUUGCCCAGAGCUUAAAUCAUCACUUCGUGUUCCAAUAGAAAAGUUAUACAUCUAUAAAUAAAAAAACCCAGAGUCAAAAAUUGGCCUGUCAGACAUAUGCAUGUCAAUACAUUAUAGUUAUAUUGAUGAAAAUUACACAGAAAGGAAAAGCUGAGAUGGUUAGCGAAAAGCUGAGAUGAUAAGCGUGUGGCAUUGCCUAGGAGACCUAUAGUAAAAAUAUGUAAAUCUUGCGACUAGGCUAAAACAAACAUACCCAGCACAGGGGGUUAUUUUAUGAUGAUUAAGUAUCACAAUGUUGAUAGUUUAAAACAUGUUUCAGAUAAGAUUUGUGCACAGGUCUGAGUCUCUUUAUUUCAAACUUACUUUUGAUUACCCUAAUUUGCAUUUAGUUGUACAUAUUUUUGUCCCCCUACUUUGCAAUACUUUUGUUAAUCACCUGUCACAAAGUGAAAUGGUGAGCUUUUGUUAUCGCUUUUCGACUGGCAGCCGUACAUCGUCUGUCCGUCGUGCGUCCGUUAUCUUUUACUUUAAACGACAUCUCCUCAUAAAGUUCUUAACCAAUUUCGUCCAAACUGCAAAGGAAUGUUCCUAUGGUAGUCAACUUUAAAAAUUGUUCAAAGAAUUUAAUUCCAAGCAGAACUCUGGUUGCCAUGGCAACCGAAAGAAAAAAACUUAGAAUAUCUUCUUUUAAAAAACAGAAUAUCUUCUUUUAAAAAACCGUAAGAGCUAGAGCUUAAAUAUUUUGCAUGAAACAUCAUCUAGUCAGUGUCUACCAAGUUUGUUCAAAUAAAAGCCCUGGGGUCAAAAUUGGCCCCGUCCCAGGGGCCUAUAUACAGGUGAGCGAUUUCAGGGCCAUUUUGGCCCUCUUGUCUCAUUUCAAUGUUAAAUUAUUGUAUCAUUUAAAAUGCUAUUAAAAUUGAUAUUUGUUAUGAUAGUAAAAGGAUGUUGUUGAUAACUUUUAUCAUUUAAGGAUAGCAUUAGUACUUUAUAGAAUUGAAACUUUUAUUAUAAUUUUGUUAUAUUGAUAAAACCCUAAAUAUUUUUCAGUAAUUGUGGUUAUAGCUGCUUGACUAAUUUACUGGGUUUUAGACUUUAUUAUGUAGGUGAAAUAUUGUUAUUUCUAACAUCUAUAUAAAUAAAACUCAAUUGUUUGCAAAUUUUUAGGAAAGUUUACCAUCAUUUACGAAAUUUACUGGGAUGUGAUGACAAAUUAUUAAAUUAUUCACUUUAUCGAACUUAAAGGUAUGCAAAUUGCAAUAAUCUAGUAUUUUGUAGCUUAGUAAAAUACAUACAGAGUUUUUUUUGUACAAGAGAGAAGAGAUCAAACACCAAACUUCAUUCAA